AACUUCUCCCUGCUCUUUUGCCUUCAAAAACAGAAAACCCACAACCAUAGCAAAAUGGAGAAGCUUUGGUGCUACAAGAGAGUGUUUGAGCAUUUUGAUUCGGAUGGAGAUGGGAAAAUUUCCCCUUCCGAGCUACGGGAAUGUAUAGCGGUGGUGUCGGGGGAGAAGCUAUCGGUGGUAGAGGCGCAAGAGGCGGUGGCGGAGUUCGACUCGGAUGGAGACGGGCAGCUGGAGGAGGAGGAUUUCAUGAGAUUUGUCGACGGGGGAGGGAAGGAGGAGAAGGUGAAGGAGCUUAGAGAAGCUUUUAAAAUGUACGAAAUGGAGGGGUCCGGAUUGAUUACGGCGGAGAGUUUGAGGAGGAUGUUGAGGAAAAUGGGAGAGACUAGAAGUUUGAGGGAUUGUAUGGCUAUGAUUGCUAAAUUUGAUGUUGAUGGUGAUGGUGUUCUUAAUUUUGAUGAGUUCAAGGUUAUGAUGUCGUGAUCGGUGCAUGUCAACGAAAUUCUCCAAUUCAUGUUUCUAUUACAUCUCUAAAUUUUAAAAUAUUUAAUUCUAACCAUCAACAAGUGUUCAAAUAACACAACAAACUAUUCAAUCCAAAAUGUAAGUAUUGAGAUUGAUUAAUUUUUAUUUUGGAUUGGAUUUGGUAGAAUUCUUUUAUGUUUUUUUAGAAUUGGAUUGAGUUCGAGUUACAUUUUUUAAAAUCUAGGUUGACCUCGGCCCAA